CGCUGCACGUAGAUGGCGCAACGAUAGGUGUAUAAGCGUAGUUGUCAAAGAGGUUGAGAAAGUGUGAAGUUUAAAUUAAACGUUUGCAUAGGAAAUAUGUCGUUAGCUGAUGAACUGUUGGCGGAUCUCGAGGAGAAUGACGACAACGAUCAUAUGGCGGAGGAGCCAGAGCCGGAUUUUAUUCCGGCCUCUGUCUCGAAAACCAUCGAAGAAGAAAUAAAAGUAGCUUCUGUAAGAGAGUUGGCGAAGCUUCGUGACUCGGAACAGUUGCAAAAAGUAAUGUUGCAGAUAGAAAAGUACAGUAAAAUUCCUAGGAAGUCUGCAGAUAUUAUCGGGCCCGUUGAGUCUGACCCAGAAUAUCAGCUUAUUGUUGAGGCAAAUAAUAUGGCUGUGGAUAUUGAUGAUGAAAUAGCUACUAUACAUCGGUUUACCAGAGACAAAUACUCUAAAAGAUUUCCAGAAUUAGAAUCUUUAGUUGUUGGUCCAUUGGAAUAUGUAAUGACAGUCAGAGAAUUAGGAAAUGAUUUAGACAGAGCAAAGAACAAUGAAACUUUACAACAAUUUCUCACUCAAGCAACGAUUAUGGUGGUUUCGGUUACUGCGUCUACAACACAAGGACAAUUGUUAACGGAAGAAGAAAAAGAAGCCAUUUGCGAGGCUUGUGAUAUGGCAGUGGAGUUGAAUAAUUGCAAAUUAAAAAUCUUUGAGUAUGUUGAAAGUAGAAUGGCAUUCAUUGCUCCAAAUCUUUCUGUAAUAGUGGGAGCAUCUACAGCAGCAAAAAUUAUGGGUGUUGCUGGUGGAUUGACGAAACUUUCCAAAAUGCCAGCUUGCAACGUCCUAGUUUUGGGAUCUCAAAAAACCACGUUGUCUGGAUUUUCUCAAGUAACAACUUUACCUCAUACUGGAUUUAUAUAUUACUCUGAUAUUGUACAAGAAACACCACCAGAUUUACGAAGGAAGGCAGCAAGGCUUGUCGCGGCGAAAAGUAUGCUAGCUGCCCGAGUCGAUGCAUGCCAUGAAAGUACAGAUGGUCGUAUCGGUCAAAUGUUUCGCGAAGAAAUUGAGAAGAAGCUCGAUAAGCUUCAAGAACCACCUCCUGUAAAAUUUGUGAAACCUUUGCCAAAGCCUAUCGAUCCGGGGCGAAAGAAACGCGGUGGUAAACGCGUCAGAAAAAUGAAAGAACGCUAUGCUAUCACCGAAUUUAGGAAACACGCGAACAGAAUGAAUUUUGCUGAUAUCGAAAAUGAUGCCUACCAAGAAGAUCUUGGUUAUUCGCGUGGAACGAUUGGCAAAGCAGGAACAGGUCGCAUUCGAUUGCCGCAAAUUGACGAAAAAACAAAAGUACGGAUAUCAAAGACACUCCAAAAGAAUUUGCAAAAGCAGCAACAAUGGGGUGGCAGUACAACAGUUAAGAAACAAGUUUCCGGUACUGCAUCAAGUGUUGCAUUUACUCCGCUGCAGGGAUUGGAAAUUGUAAACCCGCAAGCCGCAGAAAAGAAAGUAAACGAAGCUAAUGCUAAAUAUUUCUCGAACAUAGCUGGAUUUUUGAAAGUAAAAAAGACAUAGAGGAAAUUGUACAUAAUGUAAAAUGUAAUGUAUCAUUAUUUAUUAUAUAUUUUAUAAAAGUCUGACUGAAAUUGAUUUGUACAGAUGUAUCUUGUAUUAUUGUAAGGAAGAUUUUGAAAAAUUGUAACGCAUUUAUUUGUGUUUAUAUUUAAUUAAUAUUAGAUUUCGUCAAAGUAAUAAUUAAAAAUCAAAUAUGUGUGGAAAAAAUGUUACUUGCUUAAUAUUAUACGUUCACUAAGUAUUUAAGUAUUGAGAUACGUCGGCCGCAAUAAGAGCGUAACUGGAAAGAAAUAUAUGUAUCGUCGUACACAGACAAUUUGCAAAUAUAAUAGAUGACAGAUGACCCGCCGGGUGAACUGAUCGUAAAAAUAAACAGUGCGAAAGACUUGCUAACUAGAGUGAAAAGGGACGUUGGCGUGUAGCGAACUUGGAGAAAAAAGGAUGGAUAUACACAUGUGAGAAGCGUGGUUGCGGCGGUGAGAGAUAGAGAAGGAUAGAAGGAACACCGGGUGGAACGAACGGCAAACCAGAACUGGGUGUCGUAAGGUAAUCGUUGAAUGCCUUGGGUACUCGUGUGUGUUCUCACUUCGUCUCUCAUCUCCCUUCGACGAUACGUAUAUUAUGUGAAAUUCCACGUUGCUCGUGUGUUUCACUCAGUACUACGCGGGAUAUGUGACUGUGCCUUGAUUGUGAUACGGGAAUCGUAAGAGAACUGCUGUGACAAGGUGGAAAUUCCUUGUCUUCUCGUUUGCGAAUCCACCGGAGAAACCGGUGGCGAAAGAAUAACUCCUGACAACCAUGGCGAGUUUUAAAGACUUGGAGAAUGAUUGGUACUCGUUAUGUCAGGAUUGCACUGACUGCUGGACGCAAUCUGGUGAGUCUUUACUUUCUUUUUAAAUUUCCGAGGAAUCAUGGGGGCAUGGAAUAUUUUAAAAAUUAAUUACAAAAAUUUGAUCUCUAAAAACGUGUUUGAAAACAUUUUGAUCUUUACUUCCUUGUAGAGAGUCUACAAGUUUUUACUGCGUAGAUUCCUUACUUUUUCUUUUUUUUUUUAUAAAUCUACCAUUGUUGGUUUCAAAAAAUAAUUACACUUUGACUUUGAAAGUAUAAAAAUAACGACAAUUAAUGACACGCUUUGUAUAUACAUGUUGUUAUAUGUAUCGUGUUAUCAUGUCAACAUUAGACGAUGAGAAAUAGGACGUA